UUUCGUUAAGUUUUUCGUUAUUUAGCAUUCUUUCCUCUUCUUGUUUUCUUCCUUUUUCUUUUCGGUCCACUAUUGGUAAAUGGAGGACGUUUCUGCCGUAGCAGAAUAAAAUAAUUUAAUAAUUUUGGGAUUAUUUGCCAAUAAAAAUGAGUUUAGCUAAUGCCAGACCUCUGGUCUCCGUUUAUUCGGAUAAAAAUGAACAAAUCAAGGAUAAGAACAUCUGCUUGCCAGCUGUCUUCAAGGCACCCAUCCGCCCCGAUGUGGUCAAUGAUAUCCAUCAAUUGAUGCGUCGUAACAAGCGUCAACCUUAUGCUGUCAGCGAACAAGCCGGUCACCAAACCUCUGCUGAAUCUUGGGGUACUGGUCGUGCUGUUGCCCGUAUUCCCCGUGUCCGUGGUGGUGGUACUCACCGUUCCGGCCAGGGUGCUUUCGGUAACAUGUGUCGUGGUGGUCGUAUGUUCGCCCCAACCAAGACCUACCGUCGCUGGCACCGUAAGAUCAACGUGAACCAACGUCGUUAUGCUUUGGUUUCCGCUAUUGCUGCCUCUGGCGUCCCAGCCCUUGUCCAAUCUAAGGGUCAUGUCAUCGAUGGCGUCUCUGAAUUCCCAUUGGUUGUCUCUGACGAAGUACAAAAAUUGCAAAAGACCAAGCAAGCUGUUGUAUUCCUUAGACGCAUGAAGAUCUGGGCUGACAUCCAAAAGGUGUACAAAUCCCAACGUUUCCGUGCUGGCCGUGGAACCAUGCGCGAUCGUCGUCGCAUUGCCCGCAAGGGACCCCUCAUCGUUUUCUACAAGGAUGAAGGUCUCCGUCGUGCCUUCCGUAACAUCCCCGGCAUUGAAACCAUGUCCGUCGACAAGAUGAACUUGUUGAAGUUGGCUCCUGGUGGUCAUGUUGGUCGUUUCGUCAUCUGGACCGAAUCUGCCUUCGCUCGCUUGAACGAACUUUUCGGUACCUGGAAAACUGGUUCCACCUUGAAGAAGGGCUACAACCUUCCUCAACCCAAGAUGGCCAACACCGACUUGUCUCGUCUUCUUAAAUCCGAAGAAAUCCGCAAGGUUCUCCGUGAUCCCCGCAAGAAGGUGUUCCGUCGCGUCCGUCGUCUCAAUCCUUUGUCCAACGUACGUCAACUCAUCAAGUUGAACCCCUACGCCGAAGUUCUUCGUCGUCGCGCCGCUUUGGCUGCUGAACAACGCACCGUUGCCAAGACCUUGGCUAGAGCCAAGAAGAACAACGUUGAAUUGGCCAAGGACCAUUUCGCCGUUGUUGCCAGCAAAGCUGCUGCCAACCGCGCUAAGAUGUUGAAAAACGCUUUCGAGUCCAGAAAGAAGAAGGCCGUUGCUGCCCCCAAGAAGAAGUAAACUUUUGAAAAGUUUUAAUUGGUCCUAGGGAAAGUGGGUGUAUUUUUAAUUCUUAUAAUGCUACACAAAAGAAACAUGUAUAUGAAUUUUUUCAUAAUUAAAAAACAUUUUUAAAAAUCCAACUUAAAA